UCAUGUUCUGUGGGCUGGAAGCCCCUUUCAGAGGGUCUUCAAAUCUAAAAAGGAAAUGUUGUUUGUAGAACAUGAAUGAUUAAGUUUGUUCAACUUGAGCAUAGGCGUUGUGAGAGUUCUAGCUAAUGAAUAGCCUAACUUAGCACGCGUAAAAUAAACAAACAAUCUUAAUCAUAUGUAGAUGGUCGUCCGCGCCAGGGUAUCAAUCAGCUAGCCUGGCUCUUUGUGUGCGCAUGUUUUGUUUGUGUUGAACAAGGACAGUUCUCGUGGCUUGUUAGAUGAUUUGCAAUGUGUUAAUGUCAGUAAGAUUGCAUAGUGCAUACGGUGCUUAUUUUUAUGAAAGGUUAGGGAAAGUGGCCUGUAGACGUUGCAAAGUGACAAAUACAUAAGGAGUUUGAAGAGGAGAUGGGAAAUUGUCUAAAAUCUCCAACCUCGGAUGACAUUUCCUUGCUUCAUGAAUCACAAUCGGAUAGAGCUAGUUAUGGUGACGGGGCAGAUACAGACCAGGAACCACCGCCACCAUACCAGCAGGAGCUGCCAGUGUACCACCCCACGCCCAGUCAGGCCCGCAUGGCCAGCCAGCUGACUGAGGAGGAGCAGGUCCGCAUUGCCCAGCGCAUUGGCCUCAUCCACCACCUCCCCAAGGGAGUGUACGAUGCUGGCAGGGACGGCUCCGAAAAGAAAAUUAGAGAGUGUGUGAUUUGCAUGACGGACUUUGUGUAUGGGGAUCCCAUCCGAUUCCUGCCAUGCAUGCACAUCUACCACAUGGACUGUAUAGAUGACUGGCUGAUGCGCUCCUUCACCUGCCCCUCCUGCAUGGAGCCAGUGGAUGCUGCGCUGCUCUCCUCCUACGAGACCAACUGAGACACAACACCACCCCCCUCACCACCACCCCUGCUCGCUGUUCUGACUUACUCCCUUACUCUACCCAUGAUUCCAUCUCCAGCACCCCCACAACCAGCAGACAGCACUUCCAACAGCCUGGAGAACCUGGGUCUCUGGGGGCAGGUGAGGGCUGUGUGGUGGUGAUGAAGGGUGCUGUAGAGGGUUGGUGGAGGCCAUGGAUGGAGAGGGAUCCUUUGCUCUGAGCUGGCCAGGUCUGCUGGACAGGAAAGCCCCGGCUGGGGAAGGACGUUGGAUUCUGGUGAUCCACACCCAGAAUUCCCCUCUCUCUCACUACCACACUGUUGUAGUAAAUGCCCUAGGGAGGGGGAGGAAAGCAAAAGCUCAAAACUCUCUCUAGAAAUACUGAUAUCUGCAAAUAUUUUCUCUCCUCGUUGUUUUCAACUCAACAUCUGUUCCAGAAGUCGUCUUAAGGGCUCAGUGGAUUACAUUUACUAACACAGAUAAGCAAACGAUUAAUGCACAUGUACACAAGUCAGAGGAACUUGCACUUCUAUUCUAGUCUCAGUGGAAGAGUUCAGCAUAUGCUUACAAAUGUUUGAAAAUUAUUUCAGAUUUUUCCCAUUACUUAGUAUCUGCAACAUGAAAUGUUUUUUUCAAGCCAUUGUAAUUGUUUCAGCCCAAUGGUAAGGUCUGUUUUCCUGAAGUUGACAUUUUAUCCUUAAUUGGUGAGUUUCUUAGACUAAUGAUGGAUCAGUAAAAAAGUGUUCCUUUUGGAUGAAGAGGUUUGGGGUCUGCACUCGAUUAUUACAAAGGAUUAGGCCUGUUAGGGUUUGGUCAAAAGGUGUUAUCGAUCAUAAUGCUCCUUAACUGCUCUUGCUUAGCACAGUUCUUAAAUUGCACAUCAGAAAUACUCAACGUUUACGGCACCCAAUUCAGCACAAGUGUCUUAAUCUUAUUACCAAGAACGCCAUAUGAUUUAUCAUAAUGCAUACACACUAGAGUCAUUUAAUUAAUUUACAUGAAUUUAGUCACAUAACCUAGAGCAGUGGUCACCAACCUGUCUAUCACCAUCGACUGGUCGAUCUCCAAGCAUUCCCAGUCAAUCACCAAACAUUUCUGUAAAAAACCCAAUGAUAAAGUCUUGUGUUCCUAAUUUUUUUAUUUGUUUCGCGCUGUUGGUGGUAGGUGCGCUUGAUUCAGUAGCCCGGGAAGGCAAAGUGUUCCCCUUUUGAACCAUUUCAUGUGUCUGAUGGUAGAACUCUGCCUACCCGGCAGGCCCAUAGAGCAAAUCAACAGUGCACCUAUAAGCCUAACGCUGGCCAAUCAAAUGGCUCAGAUAACCGUGUCUGCACAGUUUCCUCGACCAUAGACUGUUAAAGGACGUAUCGAACGCACAGCAAAGUCAAUACUGUGAGAUUUCAAAACGUUUAAAACCAUGACCUAGAGAGAGACUCAAUGAAUACAGCUGCAAUUUUUAUGAGUAAGUUCAUGUUUAAGGUGUUAUUAUCAACACAAUGUUCAACACUUUUAUAAGCCAUACAAUGCACAUUCUACCUACUUCCACUCAAGCUACACCCAGCACUGCAGCCUCAAUGAAUGAGUAUAGCAAAGUGAUCCAAUAAGCUUGCGUUGUUAUUAUUAGCGGCUUGUCUUUUUUAAUAUCAAGGAAUAUUUCACUUUCUCUGGUCAUUGGAGUAACAACAUUAAUUUGUGCAUGAGGCAGAAAUAAUGCAGUGCGACUUGAGUUUCGCCAUCAGCUGGAAGACUGUCCCCUUUUCUAAGCGGGGGGAUGGUUAGUCAGGUGUGAGGCAGCAUCACCGCUGCGCCCUCUUUUUCCCUCAUACUGACCAUAAGAUGCAGUCCAUCAGUCCAGUAAAAAAUUCAAUAAAGAAAAAAAAGCUGUGCCUCACAAGUAAUACAACAAAUGAUCUAUUACCAGUGCGAUCACAUGUUUAAAAAAUAUAUUAUUUCUAAAUGGUCUGAGAAGAACAACAUUGCCAAUUUAAGCAUAGCCAAUAUGCAGUGGUAAUAUAUUGGGCCUAUAGCCUACUGCACAAACCUCAUUGCUACAGAACUGCUUUUAAUUGGUUAAUGUUGAUUAGGUUUUUUAAGUCAUGUAAAAAAAAGAAAUCUGGGCGGUAGAUCUUGGCUUGCAUUUUGACUCUGUGAUCUUGACUCAGAAAAGGUUGGUGGCCACACUGCCCUAGAGUUUAUUUCUUAGUUCAGCAUAUGAGCCAUCACAUUGUUGUGCAAGGGGUUUGGAUGUGAGGGUGCUAACCACCCCAGCUUCUUAGAUUUUUGUAGGUAGUCAUCUGAGCACGUGCAUUUUUUUUUUUAUCCUACUUUUAAAUAAUGUUUUCAUAAUUAAAAAUAGAAAAUAUCCCUUGUGUAUUAUCAUAACAAUUGUUCAAUCAGCACAGUUGGCUGUUGCAAAAAGUUCAAAUAUUGGGUAUGGUUUUGGUCAUAAUUAUGUUGCUGUAUUUUGACUGGCAAAAAUGUAAUUGAAUGUAUAUUGGGGAAAAAUAGUGUAAGUUUUUCCAAAAUGGGGGCAGGUAGCUCUCGUGAAGUGAUCAUUAAGAUUUAAUCAGAAAGUAUUUAAGAUGUACUUUGUUAAAGACUACCCCGAAAAAGCAACUUGUUUUGAAAAUGGCCUAUGUGAUAUGAGUUAGACAGACACAUUUAUUCUAGUGUCAAAAUUGAUUACAAAGUGUAAAUAGGAUAAUUCUGGUCAUAAAGUUGGUCUCGUCCAAAAACUGAGAUUUUUGAGAUGAUAGGAAAAAAUGGUAUGUCAUAGAUUGAAGGGUAUCGUAACCUUUUUCCAUGGGUUGGGUUUAUUUUUAAACCUGUCCACAGCUGGCCACACCAAAGUAAUCAUCAUUUCUGAGUGCAGCUACAUGCAAGAGGAAGUUGCCGCCACUAUUUUGACAUAGUUUCCUGUCCUAGAAAGGAAAUGCACAUUUAGGUUCCACCUACGAAGAAUGACGAAAGCUAUUUAUACCUAUUCACAAAUUGGGUCUGGGAAUUUCCACAGAGUUGAUAAACGUCAAAAAAUGAGGCACUGACUGUGUAGGUAGCUAGCAUGCUAACCUUAUCUAGCUAGCUAUCUUGCAAACCUUAUCUAACUAGCUAAUGUUAUUUGUUGCUGUUUUUGUUUUACUACAUGGUAUUCAAAAGAGCUGAAUUUGUAAUUGGCAUUGAUUUAGGGAAAACAAAAGCCUCAGAUGGAAACCACUGGCCUAUCUUUGACUUUGCCAUCUAUUGUUAUCUCUGUUUGGGCAUUUUCCAUCAAUUGUGGCCUCGAAUUUGGGAUAGAAAUAUUUAGAAAGAGUAAGAUGAAGCUUUGUUAAUAUGGAUAACUAUUGAAAUAUGAUAUGCGUUUUUUUUUACAUUGUAAUGGACACGGUGCAACCUUUGGUAGGAAGAUUGCUGGAAUUCUUCAGCUGCAAUACAGCAAAGCCAAGUCAGCCCGUGCUCAUGGUUCUCACAGUGGAAGUGAAAUGAUAGACUACAAUGACUAUGAUCAUGCACGCCUCAAAUGACAUGUAAUUAUAGUAGUGAAGCCAUUCAUCUUGGGGAGACUGGGGCAGCAGGUUUUCAAAAUGCUUUUAUACCAUUUAUAAAAUGGUCAGAUAUAUAUAUAUUUUUUAAGACAGUCUAAAAAAAAUAAGUGAAAAUUGACAAAUUAUCCAAUGGAUUAUGAUCAUUUUCUGGUCAAAAAAGGGGAGGCGCAAAAAUAUGUUUGCACCCACUAUUUUAAUUUUCUCCAUGUCUCAGGCUCUUUGGCUCAUCUCAGUUGCGAAGAGAAAUAACUUUGCAGCUGUUUCUGAUUAAUAAACAAUGCCAUACUGGUGGGUUGUAACAUUCAAAUAGAAACCAGUGCUGAAAUAAUUUGUACGUCAUAUCAGAGGGAAAGACACUGCAUUCACAGAUUUGCACAUAGUGGGCAGUUUGGAUUUGUCACUUCAAGCCCAAAUGUAUUGUACUUUGACUAAAACAAUUACUUAAUGGCUUAAAUUGUUGUGCAACAUAAUGGGUAAGCUCUGGCUUUAAAAAGUGGAUUUCUACUGGUGUGGGCAUUUUAAAAUCAGCUAUACAUUUUAGAAAUGUAUAUAAAUAUUGAAAGAGUUUGAGACAACUAAAAGAUGUGCAACAUGAAAAUAUUGUCCCAUUUACAUUGUGUUAUUGAUCGACAGUCCCUAACUGUCCACCGAGAUAGGCUAUCCAAAGUCAAACCAACUUUGCCAGAGUCACACACCAGCCGGCUGAAGCUAAAUUAUUUGGCUAACUCUUCCUACCUGCGAACACACACGAGAUACCCAUAUCAAACCGAACCCGAAACUAACUCGCGUUUGAGUUCACUCGUGGUCGCUAGCAUUUCCUAAUGAACCAAAUCUCAAACGAGGCCAAAUCAGGAAGUGCAGUUGUCUUUUAAAUUGAAACCUCUUAAAACUUUAUAUUUUCUCAUAGUUGGGGGCAAAAUAUGCCCAUUUCCACUAUCUUCUUAAUCACAGGUAGUAUUUUGAAAAGGGGUACAUUAUAUAUUUCACAGAGGAAGUAGUAACUUGUUAUCACUGUUUUCCCCUCAUCUCAGACAAUAAGGGAGUUCUAUUAACCUAAACUGCGGAGCACCGGUCUAUGGCCUGUGACAAGAACGGGUGAAAGCGGUGAGGGAGGAGCUCCCUUCUCAAAUCGAACAGUAAUCUGCACUGUUCGGUCAUGAUGUCAACAAGGCACCAUGGUGCACCGUCCAGAAAUGUACAUCUCUUUUCCAUAAAAUAUAUAACGUCUUAUCUGCCUUAAUUCGGAAGGCAGAUAAAGCAUUUUUAUCAACAGCAAAAACUUUUGCAUGUGAAUAGACAAGAGUCCUACUCAUUGCGCCACGUGCUUAAUCUAGCCUAGGCUACGGCGCUUUUGUUUUGAGCCGACUUCGCCGUUGGCUUUGAAAGGGGUCACUUGGCUCGCCCCAGGACGUAGCCCGGUUCCAAAACAAAUGCAAUCACUUUUCAGCCGGUGCAAACUCCUCCCUCUGGGACAACCCAGGCCAGAUAAUCAAAUCCCCUCAUUAAACUCACCCCUGCCAGCUCUCAUUGGCAUUAAAAAGUGUUAGUCACAUUCGUAAGGUAUACCCUUUGCACGUAAGGCAACAUAAUGAUACAGAUGAAAACAUGCCUUGAGUGAUCAUAAUGGUUGUGGGGGUAUGUGGAGCUCCAUUACCUUAGAUCUUAUGAGAGAGUUAUUGACUGGCUCCCAGGCUGGCAUGGGACCAACACUAGCUGAAAAAGAUGAGAUGCCUGAAAAUGGAGCCCAGACAUAGCAUAGGAAGGGCCUGGUUGCUGCCCAUGAGUUUUGAGGAUGCUAGAGAUGAUGCAACAAUGUGAUAGUGUACUUCAAAUUAUCCACUGCCCCCAACAGCAUAAAUUACAGGAAUGCACUGCAAGACUGGGCAGAUAAAUGUAUGGUAUGUGUGUUUGUAUGGGUGCCUGUAAGAAUUGUCUUUGUACAGGAUGCAUAUGAUAUGUACUACAGGCAAAUAAUAAAUAGAAACUAUGCUAUGGAA